ACUCGAAAGCCUAUAUAUCCAUUCGAACACUGUGAUCACUGGCAAGCAGCUCGAUCACUCGAUCGCCAAGGACUCUCAAAGUCUCAAACCUCAUCCCAUCCCAUUGCCUGCGGCGGCCUCAUCAAGGAGGAGAUAGAGAAACAAAUAUGGCGGCGGCAGCGAAGUCGUCGGCCGGGACGGCGGUGAAGAAGUGCCGGAAGCCGUACGUGAUGACCAGGCCGCGGGAGAGGUGGACCGCCGACGAGCACGACCGGUUCCUCCACGCCCUGCUGCUGUUCGGCCGGGACUGGAAGCGGGUCCAGGCGUUCGUCGCCACCAAGACGGGCACGCAGAUACGCAGCCACGCCCAGAAGCACUUCCUCAGAGCCGAGAAGAAGCUGGGCCUCGCGGCGGCGGCGGCGGCGGCGGCGCCGCACCCUCGCACCUCUGCCGGUGCCGGUGCAGGCCCCGGCCAUCGGCAGCAGCGGCCGCUCAGUACCGGCUGGUGCGCUGAUGAUGAUGGUGCCUCGGCGCCGGACGUCGAGACGGUUCGGCUCCCGUUGUCUCCGGACGACCUGCGCUUCGCUCAGGUGUACAGGUUCGUCGGCGACGUCUUCGGCUCUGGCGCGCCGCGGCCGGUAGAGGCGCAGCUGCACAGGCUGCUGGGCGCGGACCCUGUCAUCGUGGACACCAUCCUACGGGUGCUGGCCAACCUCCAAGACAACUUGUCGCUAUAGCUUGUUGGAUUAGCGUCCUUGUGUUCGAUCACAUUUCGUAGCUAGUUAAUGUAUAAGGUACAAUGCAUAGCCCAUUGCAUUUAUUCUUGAGUAUUACACUCCUCUCCGCAUUUGUUCUUGAGCGUUGGAAUAGAUCUUCGUCUUCUGGU